GAAUGAGCGACAAAUUAGGGCGAGAAAGAGAUCCGCCCAAAAUAUUAAUCCAGCUACUCAUGCCCACACAUACACACACAGACAACUUACACACUCACAAAUGAGGAUAAUAAUAUAAUCCUCAAUCCAUCCAUCCAGAUCCUUUCUCUUUGCACAUUAUUAAACAUGGCAGCAGUUCAAAUCUCCAAGAAGAGAAAGGUCGCCGAUGGUGUCUUUUACGCUGAAUUGAAUGAAUUCUUCACUCGUGAACUUGCUGAAGAUGGUUAUGCCGGUGUCGAAGUUCGUGUGACUCCAGCCCGUACAGAAAUCAUCAUCCGUGCCACACACACUCAAAACGUUCUUGGUGAAAAGGGUCGUCGUAUUCGUGAAUUGACUACUCUUGUUCAAAAACGUUUCAAGUUCCCUGAGAAUGCUGUCGAACUCUAUGCUGAACGUGUUCAAAACCGUGGUCUCUGUGCCAUUGCUCAAUGUGAAUCUGUCAAGUUCAAGCUUCUCAACGGUUUGGCUGUCCGUCGUGCCUGUUAUGGUGUCAUUCGUUUCGUUAUGGAAUCUGGUGCCAAGGGUUGUGAAGUCGUUGUCUCUGGUAAGGUCCGUGCUGCUCGUGCCAAGGCUAUGAAGUUCGCUGAUGGUUUCAUGAUUCACUCUGGUAACCCUGCCCGUGAAUUCAUCACAACUGCCGUUCGUCACGUUGAUUUGCGUCAAGGUGUCUUGGGUAUCAAGGUCAAGAUCAUGUUGGAUAGCGAUCCCACUGGUCGUAACGGUCCUAAGCAAACUCUUCCUGAUAUUGUUACCAUUCUUGAACCCAAGGAUGAAACCCCCAUCGUCGAACCCUCUGCUCAAGAUUUCAGACCUGCCCCUGCUGCUGAAGCUCAAGCUUAA